AUGAUCUCAUGCUUGAGCUUGUCUUCAAGCUAUCUAUCUGAGAAAAUAGCACUCAAAAGGUUUAGGAGAGGCAUAAGGAGGUGCUGUAUUAAAAGGCCUCAGAUAUUACCUGCUGCUUCGAGAGAUGGUUUUGGCGUUCGUGUUUUUGUGCUCUCAGACUUGCAUACUGACUAUCCAGAGAACAUGGCAUGGGUGAGGAGUUUGUCCACUAAGAGACACAACAAAGAUGUACUUCUUGUUGCCGGUGAUGUAGCAGAGAUGUAUGAUAACUUUGUUUUGACCAUGUCUCUCUUGAAGGAAAGGUUUGAAUACAUCUUCUAUGUACCUGGAAACCAUGAUCUUUGGUGUCGCUGGGAGAGAGAAGAUCUAGAUUCUCUUCAGAAGCUGAAUAAAUUGCUUGAUGCAUGUAGACAACUUGGAAUAGAGACCAAUCCAGCGGCUAUAGAUGGCUUGGGGAUUGUUCCAUUAUUUUCUUGGUACCAUGAGAGCUUUGAUAGGGAGGAUGACAUAGUUGGCAUGCGAAUUCCAUCUUUGGAUAUGGCAUGUAAGGAUUUUCAUGCAUGCAAGUGGCCUGGCAACUUUUCAAACAGGGAUACCUCUCUUGCUUUGUACUUUGACGCAAUGAAUGAAAAGAACCAAGAUGAUGUGAAGCAGAUUCAGAUGACUUGUAGCCACAUAAUUACAUUUUCUCACUUUGUUCCUAGGCAGGAACUAUGUCCAGAGAAAAGAAUGCUGUUCUAUCCAAACCUCCCCAAAAUCAUUGGUUCUGAUUGGCUCGAGGAUCGUAUAAGGUCUAUACAUGGGGUUGAAGGUAGUUCCUUUGCAUGUCAUGUUUUUGGCCACACACAUUUUUGCUGGGAUGCCAUAGUGGAUGGAAUCAGCGGACAUGGGAAAAUGAAAUUGAGAUGUUUGAUCUGCAAGGUGAGAUGGGAGAUGCGGCGGUCUUAUAGGGUGACAAUCAGAAUCCGAUUGAAAUACCAGCGGCGUGGAUGGCAAGAGAUGACCAUCCUUGCCGAGGAGAAUGAGUUGUUUGGCAUGGAACUCCCGAGGAUUGGGAGCUUCUCGGGCAGUUCAUAUCUUAGCCAAAAGUUCAACAUGGAAGACAUAAUUUCUUCCGUUUUGAGAAUGUGGUGCGAGCAUGAUGGCAUUGAAGAAGUAAUACGGAAUGCCUGGAAAGACCCUCAAGGGUUGGAUGUUGUUAGUAAAUUACACCAGUGUGGGAUUCGUUUGAGGCAGAAGGAAAGAUCUACUUUUGGGAAUGUUCGCCAUAAUAUUGCAAAGCAGACUAAAGAUUAUGAUCGGUUGUAUAGUUUGGCACAGCUUGGAGAGGAUUCGAGUGAGUUGCAACGAUGUGAGGAUGAUCUUAAUGCUCUCUAUCGACAAGAGGAAAUUAUGUGGAAGCAGAGAUCCAAAGUGCAAUGGUUAAUACUGGAUAGUCGUGUGAUUGAAAAGGAAAUAAUGGAUUAUUAUCGGAAUAUCUUCACUACUUCCCAUCCAUGUAUGGAGGAUGUGGAAUAUGUUAGCUCGAAGGUUGUUGGACGUGUUAGUAGUGCAAUGAAGACUCAUCUUCAACAGGAGUUCACGGGUGAAGAGAUUAAACAAGCAGCUUUUGAUAUGGAUCCUGGUAAGUCACUUGAGCCGGAUGGUUUCACUACAUUAUUUUUUCAGAAAUUUUGGAAUAUUAUUGGUGAUGAUAUUGUACGUAUGGCACUGUCUUUUCUUAAUGAUGGGACUCCAUUGCCUAAUUUCAAUGAUACGUGUGUGGCUUUAAUUCCAAAGGUUGAUUGUCCAAUGGUAGCUAAGGACUUUCGACCUAUUAGUUUGUGUAACGUUGUGCUUAAGAUAAUAUCAAAGGCUCUGGCUAAUAGGCUGAAAGUCAUUUUACCAGAUCUCGUAGCUGAGAAUCAAAGUGCAUUUGUGCCUGAUCGGAUGAUUUUUUAUAGUGCUUUAAUAGCGUUUGAAACGAUACAUUUUAUGAAAAAUAAGAGAUCAGGAAGGAAGAAGCAUAUGACUCUAAAUUUGGACCUUAGUAAGUAUUCGAUUGUGAUUAAUGGUAAACGAAGUGAGGAGUUAAUUCCAACAAGAGGCAUCCGACAAGGAGACCCAUUAUCGCCAUAUCUAUUUUUACUAUGUAUGGAGGGGUUCUCUGCUUUGAUACACGAUGCUACUCAAGAGGGCUAUAUCGAAGGAGUUGGUGUAAAUAGAAAUGCACCAAAGGUUUCACACUCAUUCUUUGUUGAUGAUAACUUGCUCUUUCUAAGAGCAAAUGUGGCAGAAUGUGAUGCUGUAUUGGGCCUGUUGAGGAAAUUUGAACUAGCAUCGGGGCAGCAAAUUAUUAUAGGUAAGUCAGCGCUGCUUUUUAGCAGGAAUGUCACUAGAGAUGUGCAAGCUGUGAUAAUGCGGCAUCUUGGAGUAGAGCGUAUAAUGGAGGCUGAUAAAUAUUUGGGAUGGGCAAUUAUGAUUGGUAAAUCUCAAAGAAGGGAGCUGCAAAUGAUUAAAGAUAGGAUUUGGAGCCGAUUGAAUGGUUGGACAAACUAUUAUCAGUGGCUGUGUUGGGCACUUAAUGCAGAACCAGGAUUCACUUUAUUAUCGGCUUCUGAGGCUAAGUAUUUUUGGGGCAAAAACUUGAUGCAAGCAUCUUUGGGAAGGAACCCAUCUUUUAUUUGGCGUAGCUUACUAAAAGGUAGAAUUGUGCUAAAGGAAGGAUGUCGGUGGUGGGUUAGUAAUGGUGCUAACAUUAGAGCUUUUAAGGAUAAGUGGAUUAACAAUCCACCCAAUUUCAUGCCAAAGCUGAGAGAUGAGAGGAAUCAACAAGGUGGAUUGAGGAUUUCUGCUUUGAUAGUGUAG